ACCUUCAUCACAACUUGACUUCUCCUCUCAGCCUUUGAAAGAAAUCCUCCCACAGCAAAAGAACAGAAAUCCAAACAUGUCGCCGUUGUCAUUACUCCCCUUUCUGCUGAUCUCGCUUGUCUCCUCCGCAACCGCCUGCGACCGCUGCCUCCACUCGACCAAAGUCGCCUACUUCUCCAAGGCAUCCGCGCUUUCCAAUGGUGCUUGUGGGUAUGGUUCCAUGGCGAUCGGGUUCAACACCGGACAGCUCGCCGCUGCUGCCCCUUCCAUCUACAAAAAUGGAGCUGGUUGCGGCGCCUGUUUCCAGAUUAGAUGCAAGAAACCAGGGCUAUGCAGCAGCAGGGGAACCACAGUCAUGGUGACCGACCUCAACACCAGCAACACCACCGAUUUCGUCCUCAGCAGCAGAGCUUUCAUGGCCAUGGCCAGCGAAGGCAAAGCCUCCGACGUUCUCAAGCUCGGGAUCGCCGACGUCGAAUACAAAAGGGUGCCAUGUGAGUUCAAGACCAAGAAUUUAGCGGUGAGGGUGGAGGAGUCGAGCCAGAAGCCGCAUUACUUGGCGGUCAAGGUGCUGUACCAGGGCGGUCAGACCGAGAUCGUCGGGAUGGACGUGGCUCGACUCGGUUCGUCGAACUGGGCCUUCCUGAGCCGGAACCACGGGGCGGUCUGGGACACGAGCCGGGUACCCGAGGGCCCACUGCAGUUCAGGUUCGUGGUGACGGGCGGGUUCGACGGGAAGUGGGUUUGGGCCCAGAAGGCCGUGCUGCCGGGAGACUGGAAGGCCGGGAUGGUUUACGAUACUGGGCUUCAGAUUACUGAUAUAGCCCAGGAGCCUUGCUCGCCUUGUGAUGAUUCCACCUGGAAAUGAAGCUGAAAAGGGGAAAAUAAGUGGAGAUGUUAUUUUAUAGAAUAACAAUGUUGCAUUUUUCUCUAUUUUUCACGCAAAAAGCAAGAGAAGUUGUGAAUAUUACGGUUAAUAAAAUGGUUAAAAAGUUUAGGUUCCAUAUUUUUGUACUUUUAUUAUGUAGCUGAAAUCAAUAAUUAAUGGAUUUUUGGAAAGAUCUCUUCAUAUAUAUGA